UGUUGUAACUUAGCCAACUCGCCUAAUAUCCCCGGAUACGUUGCUGCGAAAACGCCGUGGAAACUCGUACGAGAUGGCAACGCUGUUGGCCAGCAUGCUCAUUGGUGCUGGCCAUCCGGCUAUGGUCGUCUCUGGGGUAGCACGUCAAGAAACUGUUCACAACGAUCAACGCAACGUGCCGUACCCAUACCCCAUCGUCACUGAAGACGGUGUUGAGCAGAAGGAGGUCAAGGAAGAGAAGCCCGCCAAGUACAAACUGCGCGCUUUGCCGGAUUUGGAGAGUCAUCUGGAGGAGGAAAUGGCUGAGAUACAUAGACGCAGGGCCGAAGAGCACAGUCGAUUAGAGAAUGAGCUCUUGCGAAAGCAAAUGGCGGAACUUGAACUUCUGGCAGUCGAUCGAUAUCACUAUCGUCGAUCUCACGCCUGGGUCGCAAUUAUUAAUAACGCGCCCUGGAGUAUAAAGCCGAGAAUCACUUAUACGGACGUGAAUGGAGAUGUUGUGGAGGCCCCACCCACUGCCACAUUCAUAGAGCCCUCCACAGGAUUCAUGUGUGAGUCGGGCUGUAAGCAAUACAUUCUGAUCGACAGCGUCUGGAAUCAAUAUAAUUACUAUGUGAACAAACAGACUUAUCAGCGAGUCAGUGAGUUGCGCUGGGAUCUUCGGGAAAUCGCGGAUUGGGGACACAUGCUGCCAGGAGAACCACCAGAAAUGCGAACAUACAAAGUGUCUUCAGAUGAAAACAUCGCGGAAAGCGACACCGACAUAAAUGAGGAAAAACAUUUAGACGCUAUUUGCAGUUGGGUGAACCGGCUUCACAUCGGCUACGCGGACUACGAGCACCGUUUCCCAAAGUCGGAGAAAAAAGUGCAAUACUAUGGGGCCAUUCACGAACGGUUCUCGCCGUACUCACAGCGGGACGGCAAGGUGAUGCAGCUAACACUCUUUAACGACAAAAUGUGCACCGAUCCAAAAGUCCGUUAUGAAUACUAUAAGAACCGAUUCGACCUAAUGGAGCAGUUGGUGUAUACGUAUGAAAAUGAUCACUACGAGGAGCGCUUUGCCAAAGGCCGCACAGACAGUUUGAAAUCUAUUGAGUAUUUCUCGGACUCAUCAUUGCCCCGAAAACUAAAGUUUAUCUCCAGCUCUAGACUAGAUACCUUGGAAACAAUAGACUUGACUCCGGGAUUGAUAAUACUAAAUUAUACGGGCCAAGGCGACAGGUGUUGCUACAGGGAGUAUCUAUAUAAGCCCAACGGCGUAGUGCUUAAAAAAGUGGUCGAAAGAUUCCAUCGAGCUGAGAAGGACGACAUAGUAGCAAACGACAUUGCAAGCAGAACGUUUUUGUUUCAGCAAAACAAAAUUAUUAUCAAAUUCCACUACACCUUCGGGGCUCUUACUGCUACCACAGUAGAGUUCACAAAGCCCCCGAAACCAGAUUACGGGACGGAAUUGGUAUACGAUGAGAAGUUAACCAAAAUAUACAGGGCAAAUCCAUUGGAUCCGAUACGGACUAAUCUGGAGCUGUACAAAUUGCUACUGGAGCAACUACAGUCUGAGGAUCGAAUAAAGAAGACGUUCAUUGCCGUUCAGGACGAUAUCAGCAAUAUUUUCGAUCAGCGCAAUAGGGAAAAGACAGACCCCAAACUGAAGUUUAGCUUGUUUGACCCAUUACGCAAUGGAGCUGCUCGUGCACUCCGAAUGCAACAGUUUAAAGAAGAACAAGAGAAGAAGCGCGAACUGGCCAGUAAGCCAGCGGACUUCUUGGCUCCGUAUUUGGUGCCAUUUAAAGACCAGGAUGAGCUCACUCAGGAGCAGUCUGUGGCUGCAUACAAUGCCUGUCUGAACGAUCUUAAGACUCUAUUCGUCACUCUGCUCAACAAUUUACAAAGGCAAUACGAAGACCUAACCAGCGAGGCUAAAUCUCUGAACCGUUUCUUAAAUAAGUUCGAGAAUCAAUUUGACAAUUUCGACUAUAAUCGGCUGGUACAACAGGCUAAGGAUCUAGAACUUAGAAAGCGAAUGGUCCAGCAGCGCCUCACUCUAACCCACCAGGAGUCGCAGAAGAAGUAUGAAUGGGUGAAGGCCUCACUGCAAAAAGAUCCUCGAUUAAAUUUGAAAAUGGAGGAAGAAAAGGAAUCCGACGAAUAAAACUGAAAUGAAA